AUGUUGAAGUUGUGCGCGCUGCUUCUGCUGGUGAUUACCAGCACACAUGCCGUGCCAACGUGUAGUAAUCCAUCUGAUGGAGCAAUCACCGCUUGUCCUGCAGGAUCACAAUGCUGGGACAUUCAGCAAGUGUCUACUAAGGUGACUUGGUCUAUACACAAUCAGUGUUCACUGUGCACGUUCGCUCAGCAGCAACCAGUCAUUGUUCAACACACUGAAACGUCAGUGACUUUUGAGACGGAUGGCACAUUUCAAAGAAACGUCGAUCUCAAUAUAUACAAAGUGCCCGACAUGACAGCGAUGCAAAACUGUGACAUUUCUGGUGGUACUGUUGUGGGUGGAGUCUCACCAUGUCCUGCUUUAGGAAGCGGAACUUCUCCAUUCUCCCUUGACGUUACCGCCUUAAUUAGCUCUGGAGCAAAUUUCUUUGUCUCCGUGCAUACAAGCGAUACUGACAACAACCUAAUCCCCAGCAAUUGCGAUCAAGGAGCAAGACUGGUCAUAUAUGAAGGCAGCUAUCAAUGCGGAAAUAUCAACUCUCCUUGCAGUGGUGUGGGAGCUUGUGUUUUCAAUCACGUUUCUUCAAACUUUGAAUGCCAGUGUGCUGAUGGAUACAGAAAGGGAACACUAUGUACCACUAACGACAUCGAUGAGUGUUUCCAGAACAAUGCAUGUGGAGAUCCCGCAUUUGACGGUGUCUGUGUCGAUGACGUCUGUGGUUUCACUUGUAGUUGCUUUGGUGGUCGUACAAGCUCAGCUGGAAAUGGCAGGUCAUGUGAUGUUGGUCCUCCAAACUGUAAUAUUAACCCUUGUUUCAAUGGUGGCACCUGUAAUUUCCUCAGCGGCCUUGGACGAGUAUUUUGUGAAUGUCUAGAUGACACAGUUCGACGAGAGCGUUUUUGUGCAGAUCAAAACCAAUGUGAGUCCAAUCCGUGUCACAAUGGUGGUACCUGUGUGGAUGGCCAUCUCGGCUACACAUGCUUGUGUGCUGCUGGUUUCACUGGUGAUGUCUGUUCAGUCAAUAUUAAUGACUGUACUCUGUCUACGUGUCUAAACAAUGGCCAGUGUAAUGAUGGUACGAGAGAUGCUACAUGCACAUCGUGUUCAAGCAGCUGGACAGGCAAAUUUUGCCAGAUCAAUGAAAACGAUUGCCUAACUUCAACCUGCCUCAAUAGCGGAGUAUGCGUCGAUGGUGAUGCUAGUCACUCAUGCAACUGUCUUGCUGGUUUUACUGGAGUCGUAUGUCAGACUAACAUAAACGAGUGUGCUUCCAAUCCUUGUCGAAAUCAAGGUGUUUGCGUUGACCAAGCAAAUAGAUAUGCUUGUGCAUGUGUAGCGGGUUACACUGGAGUUAACUGUCAAACAAAUAUCAAUGAAUGUUCAUCUAACCCAUGCCAAAAUGGUGCAACCUGUAUUGAUCGUCUCGACCGGUUCAUUUGUGAGUGUCUAGACGGCUUCUCUGGUACCCUUUGUGGAAUCAAUGUCAACGAAUGCUUAUCCAAUCCGUGUCAGAAUGGCGGACGAUGUGUAGAAGGAGUGAAUUUUUACACAUGUGACUGUAUACCUGGCUUCAUUGGUCUACGGUGUGAAAUAGAUACCAAUGAAUGUGCAUCCAAUCCAUGCCAGAAUGGUGGACAAUGUCUAAAUCUCAUCAACAGGUAUGAAUGUAACUGUCUUGCAGGAUAUGAUGGCAUAAACUGUCAGAUCAACAUCAAUGAAUGUGCAUCAAACCCGUGUGCUCAAGGCACUUGUACAGACCUUGUAAAUGGUUUCCUAUGCACUUGUUUUGCAGGAUAUACUGGAACAUUGUGUGAUAUUGAUAUCAAUGAAUGUACAUCUAACCUAUGUCAGAAUGGUGCAACCUGUAUUGAUCGUGUCAACCGGUUCAUUUGUGAUUGUCUAGAUGGCUACUGUGGUGAUCUUUGUCAAACCAGUGACGAGGAAUGCUUAUCCAAUCCGUGUCAGAAUGGUGGACGAUUGAUAGAUGGAGUGAAUCGAUACACAUGUGACUGUAUGCCUGGCUUCAUUGGGAUACACUGUGAGAUAAAUGUUAAUGAAUGCAGAUCCAAUCCAUGCCAGAAUAGUGGGCUUUGUAUUGAUCUUAUUAACCGAUAUCAGUGUGCUUGCGCUGCAGGAUUCACUGGCAUCAACUGUCAAACAAACAUUGACGAAUGUGCAUCCAAUCCUUGCCAGCAUCAAGGUGUGUGCAUCGAUCGAGUAAACCGAUUUGAAUGUGUUUGUGUUCCCGGAUAUACUGGAGUAGUCUGCGAGACAGAUAUCAACGAGUGUGCAUCCACUUUUUGCAGGAAUGGUGCAACUUGUAUAGAUCGACUCAACCGCUUCAUUUGUGAAUGUCUAGACGGGUUCAUUGGCACUCUAUGUCAGACAGACAUCGAUGAGUGUGCUUCCAAUCCUUGUCAGAAUCAAGGGGUGUGUACAGACCACAUCAAUAGUUUUACCUGCGCAUGUGUACCAGGAUUUACGGGAGUCUUGUGUCAGACCAAUAUAGAUGAAUGUGAAUCUAAUCCGUGCCAAAAUGGUGGACAAUGUGUGCCCAUCGAUAGAAUAAACCUAUGUGAAUGUGCUUGUCGCGCUGGAUAUACUGGAGUAGUUUGCGAGACAGAUAUCAACGAGUGUGCAUCCACUCCUUGCAGGAAUGGUGCAACUUGUGUAGAUCGAGUCAACGGCUUCAUUUGUGAAUGUCUAGACGGGUUCACUGGCAGUCUAUGUCAGACAGACAUCGAUGAGUGUGCUUCUAACCCUUGUCAGAAUGGUGGAACGUGUAUAGACAGGGUUAAUCAUUUCAUUUGUGAAUGCCUGACAGGCUCUACUGGUGUACACUGUCAGACAAACAUCGACGACUGUGCUUCCAACCCAUGUCAAAAUAAUGCUAUAUGUUUAGAUGGAAUCAAUCGUUAUGACUGUCGAUGUGUACCGGGUUUCACUGGGCUUCACUGUGAGCAAAAUGUGCCAGAAUGUGCUUCUAAUCCGUGUCAGAAUGGUGGCACAUGUGAGGAACCAAGCAUUAACCAUCAUAUAUGUCACUGCCCACCGGGUUUUACAGGAGAGCUGUGUGAGACUAACAUUAACGAAUGCGCAUCCAAUCCCUGCAUGAAUGGUGGCACAUGUAUUGAUCGUGACAACGGUUAUCUGUGCGAGUGUCUUUUUCGGUUCCGUGGUACUCAUUGUGAGAUUAUCAUUGACGCAUGCGGUCUCUCCACACCAUGUAUGAACGACGGCACGUGCACCAAUAUACCGACGGCUAUUGGUGAUAUGGGCAGCGUCGACUUCAACGAUCCUCCCAGAAAUGGAGUCGAUAUUCACGAUGCAUACAGUUGUACCUGUACAGGUCGAUAUACUGGAAGAGUGUGUGAGACAUUUAUUCCUGUUCCUCCACCACCUCCACUGGUUCCUCCUGCUCCUGGACGCGUGCUUGCUCCACCUCCACCACUUGUGCCUCCUCCACCGGGCAGAAUUCUUGGACCACCACCACCAUUGCCUCCUCCAGCUCCAGCUGCAAUACUCGGACCUCCACCUCCACUCGUUCCUCCUCCACCUAUCGACAGAUUUGAUUGUAGCAGACAACCGUGUGAGAAUGGAGGAGCUUGUGUUGAUGUCGGAAGUGUGGAGAAUUCAUACUGCUCGUGUCCAUUCGGAUUUGGCGGACAACGCUGCGAAAAUGAUGUCGACAUCACUGUAGCAGGGUUUGGAAACACAGUCGAUUCAUAUGUUCAAGUGUCUGGAACCUUGACCAGAACAGCAGAUGAUUCUGUUAUUAUCUCAGUGAAACCUCUAAGCAGUAAUGGGCUUGUUUUCUUGAUGAUUCAAAAUCUAAAUGGUGUCGGUGACUUUAUUUCUCUAACCUUGGUUAAUGAUAAGCCAGUGUACAAGUUUGAUGUUGGAAGCGGUAGCGUGACUAUAGCCAGUCCACAGACUAUUCCACUUGGUGUCUUUACAAAUAUCGAACUAAGACGCAAUGGUGUCGUAGGUGAACUAUUGAUUGAUGGGGUGGUAGUUGCAUCUGGGACAGCACCCGGAAGCCACGAUAUUGCUGAUGUCAUGGAUGAUUUCUAUUUGGGAGGUGUUCCUAAUCCAUCCGGUAUCAUCAAUGCAGAAAUCAGUCCACGUACUGGCUUUGUUGGCUGUAUUCGCUCUGUCAGUCUGGAUGGCACUGAAUUUGACAUCAGUCAACGCGCUACUGCCGGUAGCAACGUUGGUGAAUGUCCUGCCGAUUCUUGUUCUCCCAAUCCUUGUAAGAACGGCGGUAGCUGUACUAGAAUUGGACCACACUUGUCUGACUUCGAGUGCACUUGCCUUAAUGGAUAUAGCGGCCCAACGUGUGAGAUCGUGUCUAAUGUGUGCCUGGGGACUUCACCAUGUAUGCACGGAGGAGAAUGUCGUGUGGACAGCAGCGCCACCGCAGGGUAUCGUUGCAUCUGCACUGCCACCCACUCUGGUCCACAAUGUGAAACAGCGGUCGGAGAUACAAAAUCCGAUUACUCUUAUGCUGGAGAUUCGUAUGUUGCUUGGAAUGUGGACCCUGCCGAUGUCGACGUUACAACGGUCAUCAAUCUCCGAGUGUACCCCAACCAAGACAAAUCUGACGGAUUAUUAGCACUGUUCAUACGCCCUUCUGUUGACUUUUUAGCUAUCACUGUCGAUGACGGAUUUGUAAGAGUUCGUAUGGAUCUUGGACAAGGAGAGAUUUCUCUCACCAGCAGUUCACGUUUACCAGCUAAUCUGUAUUCCACGAUUACAGUAAAUCGAAACGGUCGAAAUAUUGACCUGACCGUGUCUGGUGCCAGCACGGUAUCGGGUGCAUCACCGGGAUCGUUUUCAAGCCUCAAUGUCAACAAUCGUUUCUAUGUUGGUGGUGUGCCAUCGUCGGUAGGUCCGACUUUGCCAUCUAUACUUGCCGGAAUCUCAGGGUUUAUGGGUUGCAUCACUGAAGUAACUGUUAAUGGAAACUUCCUCAACUCAACCGAUUUGUUAUCAAGUUAUAAUGCAAAAGAUUGCACUGUCAAUCUGUGUAAUCCUAGUCCAUGUGAAAACGGCGGCACGUGUUCAGCAACUGGUAACUCGGUGUUUUGCGCUUGCCCACAAGGAUAUUCUGGGCCACGCUGUGCAAGUGAUGAUGAUCCAUGCUUAACAGUCAACUGUGGAUCCGGUGCUACAUGUGUGCCACUGGGCAAUACGGCAGUCUGCGCAUGUCCUCUUGGCAAAGGAGGUGAACAAUGCGACCAAGAUAUUGCGAUCCAAACGAUGUCAUUCAGAGAUAAUCUCACAUCUUUUGCUGCCUUUCCUUCACUUGGAAGUGACACUCGUUCGACAACAACGAUAACAAUGUCCAUCAAGCCUUUAGAAAAGGAUGGCCUUAUCUUCUAUGCGGGUCGCAAGACGACACCUCCUUUCACUGAUUACAUCUCAGUCGGUCUAUAUGAUGGUUACGUUGAGUUCCGUUAUGAUUUGGGAUCGGGAACAGUCGAGAUUAAGAGUACCGAACGACUCGUUUUGUAUCAAUGGCAUACCAUUCGUGCGGAAAGAAAUCUGAAGAACGGACUGUCGACGAUUGAUGGUGGAUCAGCAGUAAGUGGUGCAAGCCCUGGUUCGACGACACUGCUUGAUGUACACGAGAACAACCUUGACGCUUACCUUGGUGGUCACGAAGACUAUACUAAAGUUGCUAGUGAUGCCGGUCUCACAAGUGGCUUCACUGGAUGCAUCAAAGAUGCCAACGUUAACGGCCGCGUCUUGGACUUUUCUACGGCAACUCGCGGUCGAAGCAUUGCCGAAUGCGACCAGCACCAAUGUGAUCGCCUCACUUGCUUCAAUGGAGGAACUUGUACUGAUGUCGACGGUCAGGGUAACUUCAAGUGCUCUUGCUCUCAUGGCUUCAAAGGAGACAACUGCCAGCAAAUGAUUGCCAACAAUUGCACUAUUGGUAAUGAUAUGUGUCACUCAAGCAGCCAGUGUGUGUUCAACUAUAAAACUGAGAAGUAUGAGUGCUUCUGUCCUCUUGUUCCCAAUCCACAAAGAGGACAAUUUUGUACUGAAGUCACUAACUUCAAAGUCGCCAAGUUUAAUGGCAACAGCUAUGCAGCCUAUAAUUAUCCUGCUCGUACGGCUCAGACCAUCAUCAAAUUCAAUCUCUCCUCUCAAGCUACUAAUGGACUUGUUUUCUAUCUCCCACCCGGUACAGGUGGUGAUUACCUAUCCAUCGGCAUUAUUAAUGGACACGUCGAACUGAGGUACGAUCUCGGCACUGGUGCUGCAAAAAUAACUAACAACCAAGUGAACGUCACUGGUAGUCACGGAUCGUGGCAUACAGUAUCUGCUUUCAGGGAACAACAGUCGGGUACUCUAAUUGUUGAUACACAGACUGCCACCGGCUCUUCUCUGGGCUCCGCAAUUGGUCUGACUGCUUCAUCGGGUCAGAUGUACGUUGGUGGUAUUGCUGUGAGUACAGCUGACUUGUCUGAGUAUCGGGACAUCUUGGACGGAGACUUCAAGAUGGGUCUUGUUGGCUGUAUCGCUAAUCUGGAGGUCAAUGAUGCGCCUAUUGACCUGGAAAAGAUGGCACAGAGUGGUGCUAAUGUCGAGAGCUGUGAUGACUACUUCCCUGGCUGAUGAGUGAAAGUAGUGCAAUUGACGAUUGACUUUGUUCUCAUUUUUAGUUGUAGUCUGCUGCAUGCGUGUGUUGGCUUUGUGCUGCUGUCUGUUUUGAGUUGAAAUUUCUGCAUGCCGUUUAGCUUUAUGAUUCGGCUCUAACGCCGUUGAUUGCUCUUUUAGCGUCGCUUCUAAUCACUGAGUAGUAGUAUAGCUGCCGAGUACAAUUGUUAGAGGGAAAUAAAAUGAAAACUUGCUUGUUGUGAUCGUUGACUGU